UCUACUUCCAGGUUAUUCCUCUGAAGCUUCCGGUUGCUGCUGUGGGGCUCGCCGCGGAUGGGAUGGAGCGGGACCUGCUCCGCCAGGCGCUGGGUUUCCACGGCCCCGCGCUGCUCUCCCUGCUCCGCACCGAGCAGCACGAUAACCCCGACUUCCGGGGCCUCCUGCCCCCCGGGGGCCCCAGCCUGGAGCCGUCCCGGGAAGCCCAGCACCAGCCGCCCGCCAGGAAAGAGAAGAGAAUUGAUAACAUUGAGAUACAACACUUCAUUGCAAAAAAAGCUGAUCUCCUUUUUGCUCUUUCAUGGAAACCAAAUGUAUCAACAGAUUCAGAAUCAAAUGAAGAGAAUGAAGAUUGUUAUGCUGUUAUGCCACCCCUGGAGCAGUUCAUGGAGGUGCCAAGUGAGGACAGGAGGGAGCUGUUUUUCCGAGACAUUGAGCGUGGCGAUGUUGUGAUCGGAAGGAUUAGUUCUAUUCGUGAAUUUGGCUUUUUCAUGGUGUUAAUCUGUCUGGGCAGUGGCGUCGUCAGAGAGAUCUCGCAGUUAGAAAUCACUGCUCUUUGUCCAUUGAGAGAUGUGCCUUCUCAUAGCAGCCAUGGUGAUCCUUUAUCAUAUUAUCAGACUGGAGACAUUAUACAAGCUGCAAUCAAGGACAUUGAUCGUUACCAUGAAAAACUCACAAUAUCACUGCACAGCUCUGCUCUUCCACCCAGUCUAUCUAGUACUAAACUGGGGGUAAUUAGUUCUGAAGACUUGCCUUUACAUUAUAGGAGAAGUGUUGAAGUAGCCAGUACUUCACAGACAUAUGAAAAAGUCUUACAUCAUUCCUUGGGAUUUGCUAAUCCAUCAGUAGUUGAAUUUUUAUUAGGAAAACUAGGACUAAGUGAAUCCAGCCCUCCAUCGUUAAUGAGAGGCCUGCAAAGCAAAAACUUCAAUGAAGAAGACUUUGCCUUUGCAUUGAGGAAAAAGCAAUCUGCAUCUUGGGCCUUGAAAUGUGUGAAGAUUGGGGUUGAUUAUUUUAAGGUUGGCCGCCAUGUGGAGGCUAUGAAUGAAUACAACAAGGCCUUGGAAAUAGAUGCACAAAAUGUUGAAGCCUUGGUAGCUCGUGGGGCACUUUACGCAACAAAAGGAAGCUUAAACAAAGCCAUAGAUGAUUUUGAAGUUGCAUUAAAAAACUGUCCAACCCAUAGAAAUGCAAGGAAAUACCUCUGUCAGACACUUGUGGAAAGAGGAGGCCAGUUGGAAGAGGAAGAUAACUUAUUAAAUGCUCAGAAUUAUUAUAAGAGAGCUUUAAUUUUGGAUGAAACCUUUAAAGAAGCGGAGGAUGCCUUACUGAAACUCCGUAAACAUAUGCAGUAAGUAUUAUGGCUGCAUCUACAAAAAGCAAGGUGCCUGUGGAUGGCUUGAUCAUUUCAGAUGGGCAUGGGAAGCAACAGCACAGCAGUCGGAUGCAGGGAAAGACCAGAACUCAGUAACUGUGUCUGAUGAAGGGGAGGAGGAAACAACCUGUUCACACAUGAGCGGGACUGCUGAUACGGAAUUAAGACUUUGGGUAUGUCUAUACUACCCGCCGGAUCGGCAGGCAGCGAUCAAUCCAGCGGGGAUUGAUUUAUCGCGUCUAGUUUAGAUGCGAUAAAUCAAGCCCCCGAGCUCUCUCCCGUGGACUUCUGUACUCCAGCGCCAUGAGAGGUGCAGGCAGAGUUGACAGGGGGAGCGGCAGCAGUCGAUUCACUGCGGUGAAGACACUACACUAAGUCUAAGUACGUCGACUUCAGCUACAUUAUUCACGUAGCUGAAGUUGCGUAACUUAGAUCGAUCCGCCUCCCUAGUGUAGACCAGGGCUAUGUGUAGGGUAAAAUCCCCAAAUAGGUCAGUUUUAGACAUAUGCCAGAGGGUUGUAAUUGGGAAUAUUCAAAGAGGAGCAGGGUAAGACUGAUCAGGGCUAGCUCAAAAGGAAGACAUUGUGUAUCUUCAUGUGGCACAAGAAGGAUCUUAAUUAAAGGCCUGGAGAGAGCUGGGACACCAUGUCACUGAACCAAGUAGUUAUUGUCAGUUGAUGAUCCAGUAUUCUGCCGAACUUGUUGUGAGGUGCAAAUUAACAAGGCAGUUAUUUACAAUGGAGAAAAAAUAACAAACAGGGUCCAAGCUUUGGAGGAAAUAAUGGAAGCAAAUUCCAGGGUUCUUUUUUUCUUUUCUCCCCUUCCCACAUGUUUCCUGAGUGAGUCCCUAGGGGUCAUCAUGCCAAGCUCCUUUGUCUGUUGCCUCCUCUUUCUGUGGCUUUGUCAUUUGUCUCAUUUACUUACAUUGCUUCCAAAUAGGAUCUAAAAGAGUGAAUUGAAGUUAGAGAACUGGGGCACUGUACGCAAUGCUUCUGUGCUGAAGGAAGUAAAUAGACUGGGGUAGAUGUGUGCAGGCUGGUUUCUUUAUGCAGGGCUUGAUUGACACUGCUUUAGCAGGUGGGGGAAGCCAGAACAUGAAAAGGUUUAUUGGAGGAUGGGGAAAGAGGAGAUUUAUGGUAACCUUUAUUAAAGCUAAAUUAUACUCCAGAAAUGUCCACUUACAGUAUGUGGGCACUGCCAACAUAUUUGGCAUUAUCCAGAGAAAAGUAUUGUUGCUGUAACAAGGAGACUUACAACCUAGGUCUUGCAACCUAAGUCACAAAUAAGUGAUUUAAACAAGUGAAGGAAAUGGUUUUACUCUCAUUGCAAGUUAUACUGAUGGUGAUGAGGGUCACUGUUGCAGCUGAGGAACAUAAGGCUCUCUGUUCAGCAGUUUGUGUAAGUUUGCCCACAAUAAAUGAAGGGCUUCCCUUAUAUCCUAAGGCAGUAUCUCUUCUAUGAUCAUUGCCAAGCCUUUGAGAACUGGUAUCCAGAGACUUGUUGCUCACCCUGGAUAUGAAUUCCAACUGUUUCAAACCAUUUCAAACAGUACUAUGUUAAAGUGCCUCAGGGAGAUUUUAGUGCACACCCAGCAAGGUCUACAUGGACCAGUUAGCACCUUAGUGUUUUUUAGAAAUUGCCUCCCGCCCCGCCCCCAUGGUGCAUAUUGUUGCACAAUGUAGACAAGCCCUUAGAGAGCUGUGGGGUACAGGAGCCUAUCCAGCUAAGAGCCUUAGCUAGCAUGCCUUUAAUGAUUGAUUUGUUUAGUAACUGAAGGUUCCGUUACUUCUAAGUAAACCUUAGUUUACAUGUCAGUCUGUCUGUAGCUACCCUAGUAGAAUGAUAUGAAUUACAGUUCAAAUGUAAAAUACUCUUUUCCUGUAAUACUGAUUAUAUGUUUUUCUUCAAUGCAUUUUCUUCUGAACUGGACCGUUGCUGCUGUGUCUGACAUCUGGUGCUGCUCAUCAACAACCCCCCACUGGAACAUGAUAUCUUAUGUA